CCACUCCUUGUUGCCUCAGCAGCAGCAACAGCAGCAGCAGCAGCAGCAGCAGGGAGAAGCCUCAGUUUCUAGCCAAAGACUCCCUUACAGCAGCCGAACUUUUGGAGAGGCUCUGCCUCUUGCCAAAGAAUCCAGAGGCGGCAGCGGCAGAAGUAGCAGCAGCUGCACAGGGGACAUGAAUUGGACUCUCUCUCCCUUCGCUUGGCGUGAGGCUGCCAAAACUCUUGCAGACAAGUAGACUGGGGAAGGGAAGAAGAACCAGCAACUUGCUAGCAAAAAAGGAAAAAGGACUGCCUCAUUCCCCUUGCCUCUUUCUCUCUCUACCUCCCUUGAGUCUGUGAAAAGUGCUUUGUGCAAGAUAAAAAAACCCAAGAAAAGGGGAGGAAAAGGAUUUUUUGACUCUGCUGCUUUGCAAAAGGAAAGAUCAAAUGCAACCAGACGGGAUCCUUUGUGAUGCUUAGUGUGGAGGAACUGAGCGCAUUGCUUAGGUACCCUGGAGGAGGAGGAGGAGGAAGAAAAAUGAAUUCCCAUCACAAUGUCCCCCUGAGGGCAUCACUAGCUGUUGCUCUCCUUUUUUCUCUUUGCUGCGCACAAGAUGCUGUGGUAGAACUGGAGCCUCAGACCACGGAUGAAGAGAUCCCGGAGGGAGCGUCUACCUUGGCUUUUGUGUUUGACGUGACUGGCUCGAUGUAUGAUGACUUAGUUCAGGUGAUUGAGGGAGCGUCCAAAAUUCUGGAGACCUCUUUGAAGAGACCCAAGAGACCGCUUUACAACUUUGCACUGGUCCCUUUUCACGAUCCAGAAAUUGGUCCUGUAACAAUUACCACGGAUCCCAAGAAAUUUCAAUAUGAACUCAGGGAGCUAUACGUUCAGGGGGGCGGCGACUGUCCAGAGAUGAGCAUUGGCGCAAUCAAGAUUGCUCUAGAAAUUUCUCUCCCGGGUUCAUUCAUCUAUGUUUUCACUGAUGCGCGAUCCAAAGACUACAAGCUGACCCAUGAGGUCUUGCAACUGAUUCAGCAAAAGCAGUCACAGGUUGUGUUUGUUCUAACCGGAGACUGUGAUGAUAGAGGACAUAUUGGUUACAAGGUCUAUGAAGAAAUUGCAUCAACAAGUUCUGGCCAGGUUUUUCACUUGGACAAAAAGCAAGUUAAUGAGGUGUUGAAAUGGGUCGAAGAAGCCGUGCAAGCUUCCAAAGUCCAUCUCUUAUCGACAGACCACCUGACUUCAGCUGUAAAUGCUUGGCAAAUCCCCUUUGAUCCUAGUCUGAAAGAGGUUACAGUGUCCCUGAGUGGUCCUUCUCCAGUUAUUGAAGUCCACGAUCCUUUAGGUAAGCCCGUAAAGAAAGGAUCUGGCUUGAAUGAGUUGCUGAAUAUUGAAAAUUCUGCAACGGUAGUGAACAUAAAAGAACCAGCGCCCGGAACAUGGACAAUUAAGACAUCAAGUAGCGGGCGGCAUUCCGUUCGUAUCACCGGUCUCAGUACUAUUGACUUCCGGGCUGGGUUUUCUAGAAGUCCAACGUUAGAUUUCAAAAUGACUUCCAGCAGACCAGUGCAAGGGAUACCUACCUACAUUCUGCUAAAUACUACGGGGAUCCAUAUUCCUGCUAGAGUGGACCGACUAGAAUUGCUAAGCAUCACUGGGGAACUUCUGAAGACCGUUCCGGUGAAAUAUUUCCCUGACAGGAAACCUUAUGGAAUCUGGAACAUUUCUGAGUUUAUUCCACCGAACGAAGCCUUUUUCCUUAAAAUAACUGGUUAUGACAAAGACGAUUACCUUUUCCAGAGAGUCUCAAGUGUUUCCUUUUCUAACAUUAUUCCUGAUGCUCCCAGAGUAAGCAUGCCCAAGAAAACCCCAGGAUAUUACCUGCAGCCAGGUCACAUUCCUUGCCAUGUAGCCAGCCUCAUACCAUUUACUGUGUAUUUUAGCAGAAAUGGGAUCAAGCUGGGAAUGGAACGGUUUUUCAAAGACUCUGCUAAUGUGAACUGGGAGAUCGCUAAGGUGUCUCUGCCGGAUGAGGGUUACUACGAAUGUAUUGCCAGCAGCAGUGCAGGAUCUGGUCGUGCACAGACAUUUCUAGACGUGUCAGAACCUCCACCUAUCGUACAGGUUCCUAAUAACGUCACCGUCACUCCUGGCAAUCGAGCCGUGUUGACAUGCCUAACCGUGAGCACAGUGCGCUACAAUCUCACUUGGCACAGAAACAACAGAGACGUCAAGCUGCUUGAGCCCUCCAGGGUCCGAAUGAUGAGCAACCUCUCAUUGGAAGUUAAGGCGGUCAAACUCUCGGAUGCUGGCGAGUACAGUUGCUUGGCUUCCAACGAAGGUGGCUCCACUGUGGCUUCUGUCUUCCUUACAGUGCAAGAACCACCCAAGGCUGUUGUCUCGCCCAAGAACCAGUCAUUUACUGAAGGAUCUGAGGUCUCCAUUGGUUGUUCUGCAACUGGCUAUCCAAAGCCAACCGUCGUGUGGACACACAACGAUAUGUUUCUCAUGGGCUCCCACAGGUAUAGGUUAAAUCCUGAAGGCACCUUAACUAUAAAAAAGGCAAUCCACAAAGACGCAGGACUGUAUGGCUGUUUGGCUAGUAAUGCUGCUGGAACGGCCAAGGAGACGUCUAUCCUCACUUACAUUGAAGUUCCUAAACUGACGGUAGUCCAAAGUGAACUGCUAAUUGCUCUUGGAGACACCACUGUAAUGGAAUGCAAAAGUACAGGAGUCCCACCUCCACAGGUUAAAUGGUUUAAAGGCGAUUUAGAGUUGAGGGCAUCCGACUUUCUUAUUAUUGACUUCCACCAGGGAGUCCUGAAGAUUCAGGAAACGCAGGACUUGGAUGCUGGUGACUAUAUGUGUGUCGCAACCAAUAUUGCAGGAAGCGCAUCUGGCAAGAUAACCCUGGAUGUUGGCUCUCCCCCAGUUUUCACACAAGAGCCCAGUGAUGAAUCUGUGGAUAUUGGCUCAAAUGUGACAUUGGCAUGCUAUGUUCAUGGUUACCCAGAACCAAAGGUGAAGUGGCAACGAAUGGACGGCGCCCCGCUAUUCUCAAGGCAUCUUGCAGUUAGUUCCAUCAGUCAACUCAGAACAGGCGGACUUUCUUUUAACAAUUUGUGGGUCAAUGACGAGGGGACCUACAUCUGUGAAGCUGAAAACCAGUUUGGGAAGAUUGUCUCACGGCCAGCUACACUUACUGUCACCGGACUUGUUGCACCUCUAAUUGGAAUGAGCCCAGCAGCAGCUAAUGUUAUCGAAGGCCAGCAGCUUACUCUGUCAUGUGUGCUGUUGGCAGGGAACCCUAUCCCAGAGCGAAAGUGGAUUAAAAAUAGUAUGGCGGUGGUCCAGAAUCCCUAUAUCAGUGUUCGUAGUGAUGGGAGUCUUCACCUUGAAAGGGUUCGGCCGCAGGAUGCUGGAGAUUACACCUGUAUGGCAAGCAACGUGGCUGGGACAAACAACAAAACGACUGCUGUCAGCGUCUUCGUUCUACCCAUAAUUCAGCAUGGACAGCAGAUAUUCAGUACCAUAGAAGGCAUCCCAGUUACAAUGCCCUGCAAAUCCAGUGGAGUACCCAAGCCAUCUAUAGUCUGGUCCAAGAAAGGAGAGGUUAUUUCUCCCAGCAAUCUGAAAUUUUCUGUGGGGUCUGAUGGGAGUCUCUACGUAGUUUCUCCAGGAGGUGAGGAGUCUGGGGAAUACAUCUGCACUGCAACCAAUGCGGCAGGCUAUGCAACGCGCAAAGUUCAACUGACUGUCUAUGUGAAACCAAGAGUGUCCAGACCUGGAGAUCUGCAAGGAUUUUCGCGGGACAAUCCAAUAGAGAUUUCAGUGACCGCAGGGGAAGAGGUCACACUUCCCUGUGAGGUGAAAAGUUUGCCGCCACCUAUAAUAACCUGGGCUAAAGAAAUGCAGCUUAUCUCUCCAUACUCUCCAAGGCACACCUUCCUCCCUUCAGGGUCAAUGAAGAUCACAGAGACACGGGUUUCAGACAGUGGCAUGUAUCUCUGUGUAGCCACAAACAUUGCUGGGAAUGCGACCCAGUCAGUGAAGCUCAAUGUACAUGUUCCUCCAAAGAUACAACGUGGACCUCGAGUGAUGAAAGCAAAAGCUGGUUCCAGAAUCGAUAUACCUUGCAACGCACAUGGGAUCCCACCUCCAACGAUCACUUGGCUUAAAGACCAAAAUCCCAUUUUGGUAGACAACAGGCAAUAUGGCGCCUCUUCAGACGGGGCUCUCAGAAUCAGUAAAGUCUUGAUAUCAGACUCGGGAAUCUACAAAUGUGUGGCAAGUAACAUUGCCGGCCGUGAUGAAGCUGAGAUAAUGGUCCACGUUCAAGAACCUCCUACUGUAGGUGCGCUUGAUCCACCGUACAACACUCCACUGCAGGAAAGGGUAGCAAAGGAACGAACUGCCUUCCCUUGUCCGGCCAAAGGUACCCCAAAGCCUGUAAUAAAAUGGUUGCAUAAUAACAAGGAGCUAACUGGAAAUGAACCUGGCAUUUCAAUCUUGGAAGAUGGCACCCUGCUGGUUAUUGCUUCAGUCACACCAUAUGACAAUGGAGAAUACGUCUGCGUUGCGGUCAAUGAAGCUGGAAGCACAGAAAAAACUUACAACCUGAAGGUUCAUGUUCCACCUGAAAUCAGAGAUCAGGACAAGGUGACAAAUGCAUCUGUGACUAUUAAUCAGCCCAUCAGUCUGUUCUGUGAGGUAUCUGGCAACCCGUUUCCCAUCAUCACUUGGUACAAAGCUGAUGUUCAGGUGGUGGAGAGCAGCACUCUGCAGAUUUUGAACAAUGGGAAGCUGUUGAAACUUCUUAAAGUUGCAACCGACGAUGCUGGACUGUAUUCAUGUAAAGCCACCAACAUAGCAGGGAGCUCAGAGAAAUUCUUCAAUGUAGAUGUGCGAGUCCCACCCAGCAUAAGAGGUGCUGACACACCUAGUGAAGUUUCCGUCGUCCUCAACCACGAUGCCACCUUGGAAUGCAGAGUCAGUGGUACUCCUCUCCCCAUUAUCCAGUGGUUCAAAGAUGGAAAGCCCCUCUUCUUAGGGGAUCCUAAUAUUGAGGUUUUGGAUGAAGGCCAGAUCCUGCACAUUAAGAGUGCUCGGAGAAUAGACAAAGGGCGCUAUCAGUGCAGUGCAGCCAAUUCUGCUGGCAAACAGUUUAAGGAACUCAAACUCACAAUCCACGUCCCACCUGCAAUCAAAGGCGGAAACAUUACCACUGAAGUGUCAACGUUGCUGAACAGUGUGCUAAAGCUGGAAUGCGAGACAAGAGGAAUCCCAGCUCCUACCAUAACGUGGUAUAAAGAUGGGCACCCUAUUGCGUCGAGCCCAGAAGCUCUGUACCUGGACAGGGGGCAAUUCCUUCAGAUUCCUCGUGCGCAAGUUUCUGACUCUGCAAAGUACAGCUGCCAGGCAACCAACGUAGCUGGGACUGCUGAAAAAAUAUUCCUAGUGGAUGUCUACGUUCCUCCAGUUAUUGAGGGCGACUCAGAAGCAAUCCAGAACAAGCAGGUGGUUUCUGGCAGUUCCCUGGUGCUGGAGUGCAAUGCUGCUGGCAACCCACCUCCCCUGUUGACUUGGCUGAAGGAUGGGGUUCCCGUGAAAGCCAGCGACAACCUGCACAUUGUGUCUGGUGGAAGGAAGCUGGAAAUCAUGAAUGCUGGAGAGGCUGAUGAUGGCCAGUAUGUCUGCGUGGCUACCAGCAUCGCAGGAGAGAAGGAAAUCAAAUAUGAUGUGGAGAUCCUAGUGCCACCAAGUAUGGAAGGGGAGAAUGAAUCUACAGAUUAUAUUGUGAUUCUCCACAGCUCCCUGGAGCUGGACUGCCCGGUAACAGGAACGCCUCCGCCGACCAUCACGUGGUUGAAAAAUGGCCAGCCUAUCGAAGGGGGAAUCGGAUAUAAGAUCUUACUAAACGGACGCAAGCUUCUCAUCUCGCGGACCGAAGUCUCGGAUACUGGCCAUUACCAGUGCGUAGCAACAAACAAGGCAGGCGAAAACAAGAAGGAAUUUGAUGUGACGGUGCAUGUUCCUCCAACAAUAAAAUCGACUGGGCUCCCUGAGAGAUCUGUAGUGAUACACAAACCAGUAACCUUGCAGUGCAUUGCCAAUGGCAUACCCAUCCCUUCAAUCACUUGGUUGAAAGACAGUCGGCCUGUAAAUACAGCGAGAGCAAAUAUCCGGCUGGAGUCCUCCGGACGCAUCCUGCAGAUCGCCAGGGCUUUGAUGGAAGAUGCUGGCAGAUACACCUGCGUGGCAACAAAUGCAGCUGGCGAAGCCCAACAACAUGUCCGACUGCAUGUGUAUGAACCACCCAGUUUGAAGGAUGCAGGAAAGAUGAUAAACGAGACUGUGGUUUUGAACAAUCCAAUACAGCUGGAGUGCAAAGCAUCUGGAAAUCCUUUGCCAGUCAUCACGUGGUACAAAGAUAACCACCCUCUCACCAACACUGCCAGCGUCAGCUUCUUGAACAGAGGGCAGGUUUUGCAGAUUGAUGGCGCCCACAUCUCCGACACUGGCGUUUAUAAAUGCGUUGUGGCGAAUGCAGCAGGAAUAGCCGAGCUGUUCUACAGCCUCCAGGUUCACGUUUCACCCUCCAUUUCUGGCAACAACGAAAUGGUAACUGUUGUGGUUAAUAAUCCGGUUCGACUGGAAUGUGAAGCUCGUGGGAUCCCUGUUCCCAUUCUGACCUGGCUGAAAGAUGGUAGCCCUGUCUCUAGUUUCUCAAAUGGACUCCAGAUUCUUUCUGGAGGUCGUAUCCUGGCACUGACAAGCGCACAGAUCAGUGACUCGGGAAGGUACACAUGUGUUGCGGUUAACGCUGCAGGGGAGAAACAGAGGGAUAUUGAUCUCAAAGUUCACGUUCCACCAAACAUUAUGGGAGAGGAACAGAAUGUCUCUGUGGUUAUGGGCGAAGAUCUGGAGCUCCACUGCCAGAGCAAUGCUAUUCCCCCACCAACCUUAGAGUGGCUGAAGGAUGGCCAGCCAUUGUUGAAGAAACUGGGUCUCAGCAUCACUGAAGGUGGAAGUGUAUUGAAGAUUAAAGAAGUGCAAACUCAGGAUACUGGACGUUACACUUGUGAAGCCACAAAUGUGGCUGGAAAAACAGAAAAGAACUACAACGUCAAUGUAUGGGUGCCAGCCAGUAUUUAUAGUUCAGACACGCUUACUCGUCUGACAGUAAUUGAAGGAAACCUCAUCAGUAUGAUAUGCGAGUCCAGUGGAAUUCCACCCCCGGCCCUCAGCUGGAGAAAGAAUGGUUCUCCACUGCUGGCUGACCCUACAGGUAGGGUCAGAGUGUUAUCUGGAGGAAGGCAGUUGCAAAUUUCCAUUGCUGAGAAAUCAGAUGCCGCUUCCUAUGCGUGUAUGGCUUCAAAUGUUGCUGGAAUAGCAAAGAAGGAGUAUAACUUGGUGGUAUAUGUUCGUCCAACUAUACUGGGCAGCGAAAGCCAGCAGUCGGAUGUAACUGUGACUCGAGGGAAUGAUAUUUCAUUAGAAUGCAAGGCAGAAGGUAUUCCAGUGCCAGCUGUCACCUGGAUGAAGGAUGGCCGUCCAUUGGUCAGUGGGAGAGGAGUGGAAAUACUGGACGAAGGACAUCGUCUGUGGCUUAAAAACUCUCAGGUGUCAGACACUGGCCGCUAUGUGUGCAUUGCUGUGAAUGUGGCAGGACUGACUGACAAGAAAUAUGACUUAAGCAUUCACGUCCCUCCAAGCAUUGCAGGUGACCUGACUGUGCCUGAAAACAUCAGCGUAGUUGAGAAAAACCCUGUCACGCUGAUUUGUGAAGCUUCGGGAAUUCCCCACCCAUCAAUAACAUGGCUGAAGUAUGGGCAGCCUGUCUCUUUGAGUAGCUCUGUAAGAAUCCUGUCAGGUGGCAGGAUGUUGCGCUUGAUGCAGGUGAAUAUGAAGGAUGCCGGUCGCUACACCUGUGUGGUGACUAACGUUGCAGGAGAGGAGAGGAAGAACUAUGAACUCUCUGUUUUAGUUCCUCCGGGCAUUGUGGGGGAAAACAACCUGGAAGAUGUGAAAGUGAAAGAGAGGCAGAGCCUCAUGCUGACCUGUGAAGUAACAGGGAACCCUAUCCCAGAGAUCACAUGGUUAAAAGACGGGCAACCUUUCCUAGAGGAUGACAGCCAUCAGUUAAUAUCCAACGGGCGCUUUCUUCAAGUUACAAAUACGCAAGUAUCUGACACGGGGAGAUACACCUGCAUUGCGUCCAAUGCAGCUGGAGACAAGAGCAAAACCUUCAGUGUUAAUGUACUUGUGUCUCCAUCUAUUGUGGGUGCAGAUAAUGACGGGGGCACCGAAGAAGUCACAGUUAUUUUGAAUAACCCCACAUCACUGGUUUGCGAGGCUUAUUCCUAUCCCCCGGCUACAAUCACCUGGCUAAAAGAUGGAGCUCCCAUAGAAUCAAAUAGGAAUAUCAGGAUUUUACCAGGUGGUCGAACUCUACAGAUUCUGAAUGCCCAGGAAGACAACACUGGCAGAUACACUUGCAUAGCUACAAAUGAAGCUGGGGAAAUGUUAAAACACUAUGAAGUCAAAGUAUACAUCCCUCCUACCAUAAACAGAGGGGACUUGUCUGGAGUGGGUUUAUCUCCUAAAGAAGUGAAGAUCAGAGUGAACAACAGCCUUACACUGGAGUGUGAAGCACAUGCAAUUCCUGCUGCGGCCAUCAGAUGGUACAAGGAUGGACAGCCUAUUGCAUCAGAUGACCACAUAACAAUCCAAGCCAGUGGGCGCGUUCUGCAAAUCAAGUCAGCUCAGAUAUCUGACACUGGCCGUUACAGUUGUAUAGCCUCAAAUAUCGCUGGAGAGGAUGAGCUGGAGUUUGAUGUCAACAUCCAAGUUCCCCCUAAUUUCCGAAAACCGUCUGGAAGCUGGGAAGAUGGUGAUGUGCUGGAUGGCCAGGGAGGAGGAGCGAAAGAUGUGAUCAUGAAUAAUCCUCUUUCUUUGUACUGUGAGACGAAUGCUGUUCCCCCUCCGGUACUCACGUGGUAUAAAGACGGUUACCCUCUGAGUUCCAGUGAUAAAGUAUUGAUCCUGCCAGGAGGCCGUGUACUGCAGAUUCCACGGGCGCAGAGUGAAGAUGCUGGACGAUACACAUGUGUGGCUGUAAAUGAAGCCGGGGAGGAUUCCAUCCAGUAUGAUGUCCGCGUGCUUCUGCCACCAUCCAUUCAUGGAGCCAAUGGAGACAUGCCUGAAGAGGUCACUGUGCUGAUAAGCAACAUGGCGGUGAUGGAAUGUGUGGCCAAUGGUAGCCCUAAUCCAAGCAUAACCUGGCAGAAAGAUGGGCGGCUCUUAGUUGAAGACUCCCAGCACAAAUUCUUAGCCAAUGGAAGAACACUUCAGAUCCUCAGUUCCCAAAUAACAGACACGGGCAGGUAUGUCUGUACUGUGGAGAACACUGCAGGAAGUGCCAAAAAAUAUUUUAAUCUUAACGUUCAUGUUCCUCCGAGUAUUGUUGGCACGAACCCUGAGAAUUUGACUGUUGUGGUGAAUAACUUCAUCUCCUUGACCUGUGAGGUCACUGGCUUCCCACCUCCUGAUCUCAGUUGGCUCAAGAAUGGAAAACCCAUCAGCUUGAACACAAACGCUCUUAUAGUGCCAGGGGGCCGCACGCUGCAGAUUCCUAGGGCACGUCUGUCCGAUGGUGGAGAAUAUGUCUGCAUAGCCAGAAACAGCGCUGGAGAAAGCAGGAGAAAGAGCUUCCUUACCAUUUAUGUCCCUCCCAGCAUAAAAGACCACAGUGGAGCAGCGCUCUCCGUCGUGAAUGUGCGAGUGGGAACUCCGGUGACAUUAGAGUGCGAAUCCAAUGCUGUUCCACCUCCUGUCAUCAGCUGGUACAAGAACGGGCGGAUGAUUGCAGCCUCAUCUAACAUGGGGAUCGUAGCUGAUGGGCAGAUGCUUCAUAUUACAGCUGCUGAGGUGUCUGAUACAGGCCAGUAUGUAUGUAAAGCCAUAAAUAUUGCGGGACGAGAUGAUAAAAAUUUCCAUCUUAACGUUCAGUGCAACCCCAGCAUUGAAGGCCCUGACCUGGAGUGGAUCAAUGAAACCAUCAGUAACCCUGUGACCUUUUCGUGUGACGCUACUGGAAUUCCUCCACCAACGAUAACGUGGCUUAAGGACGGGAAGCCCCUCGAAAACUCUGCAUCCCUCGAAAUGCACAUUUUGUCAGGAGGCAGCAAGCUGCAAAUUGCCAGGUCUCAGCAUUCGGAUAACGGGAAUUAUUCCUGCAUCGCUUCAAAUGUGGAAGGCAAAGCUCAGAAAUUUUACGUUCUUUCUGUUCAAGUUCCUCCAGAUAUUGCCGGCUCGGAAAUGCCAAGUGACGUCAGCGUCAUCCUUGGGGAAAACAUCCAGCUUUCCUGUAAGGCCCAUGGAAUUCCGGCACCUGCAAUUCAGUGGCUGAGAGAUGGAAAACCAAUUAGUGGCGGUGAAUCUCCGCGGAUAAGCUUGGCUCCAGAUGGCAGCCUGCUCAGCAUUGUUGGAGCCCUCACAAGCGAUGUAGGGAAAUAUACUUGUGUCGCUAGCAACCCUGCGGGGGAAGAAGACCGAAUUUUUAAUGUCAAUGUAUAUGUUCCACCCACUAUAACUAACAAUAAAGAUGAACCUGAGGCUCUAACUGUGCUGUUGGAGACUUCAAUAAACAUUGAAUGCCAGGCUGUGGGAACUCCACCACCGCAGAUCAAUUGGCUGAAGAAUGGGCUGCCUCUCUCUAUCUCCACACACAUCAGGUUGCUUUCAGCUGGACAGAUUCUCAGAAUUGUAAGAGCUCAGAUAGCUGAUGUUGGCAUGUACACAUGUGUCGCCUCCAACAGAGCUGGUGUGGACAACAAGCACCAUAGCCUUCAAGUUUAUGUAUCACCAAGCAUAGACAGUGGUGGAGGAACAGAAGAAGUAACGGUUGUAAAAGGGAACCCAGUCUCUUUGGUGUGUUCGGCUGAUGGAACACCAACCCCUAAUAUGUCGUGGCUUAAAGACGGCCAGCCUUUAAACUUCGGUUUCCACGUGUCUCUGGAAAACCAAGGAAUGGGUCUUCACAUAGCGAAGUCCGAGACUGAUGACACAGGCAGAUACACCUGCAUAGCAUCUAAUGAUGCUGGAGAAGCCAACAAGCAUUUCACUCUUAAAGUGCUGGAACCCCCUCAAAUUAAUGGAUCAGGUCAUCCUGAAGAAAUUUCUAUAGUAGUAAACAAACCACUGGAGCUCUUCUGUAUUUCCGAUGGCAUUCCUAUCCCCAAAAUCACAUGGAUGAAGGAUGGGCGCCCAGUGCCCCAGACUGAUGAUAUUCGUAUCCUGAGAGGGGGAGAGGUCCUUCGGAUAUCUAGUGCUCAGGUGGAAGACACUGGAAGAUACACAUGUUUGGCUUCAAGCCCCGCAGGAGACGAUGACAAAGAAUUUUUAGUAAGAGUACAUGUUCCCCCUAAUAUUGCUGGCACAAGCAAUCCUCAGAAUCUCAGUGUGCUGCAGAACAGGCAGAUUAUACUGGAGUGCAAAUCCGAUGCAGUGCCGCCUCCUACAAUCACAUGGCUCAAAAAUGGGGAAAUUAUGCAGGCAACGGCCCGGGUGCGCAUCUUGUCUAGUGGGAGAUACCUUCAGAUCAAUAACGCUGACCUAAGUGAUGCAGCAAGCUACACCUGUGUGGCAAGUAAUGUCGCAGGCCAAACUACAAGAGAAUUCGUAUUAGCUGUAAACGUUGCUCCUACAAUCAAGGGUGGCCCUCAGACCGUGACAGUGAAUAUUAAUAUGUCUGCUGUUUUGGAGUGUGCUCCGGAAGGCAUACCAGCCCCAAGGGUUUCAUGGAGAAAGGAUGGAACCCUUUUUGCAGAAAACAAUGCAAGAUAUUCCGUGUCAGACAACGGAUCUCUUCAUAUACAUUCAGCGCACGUUACCGACACGGGGCGCUAUCUUUGUAUGGCAACCAAUGUGGCUGGCACUGAGCGCAAGCGAAUUGACCUCCACGUCCAUGUUCCUCCAACUGUUGCUCCUGGGCCAGGCAACAUUACAGUAACUGUGAAUGUCCAGACUACCCUGCCAUGUGAGACCACAGGGAUCCCUAAGCCAGCAGUAAUCUGGAAGAAGAACAGACACCUCCUUAAUGUGGAUCAGAAUCGAAACACAUUCAGGCUUCUGUCUUCGGGGUCACUGGUAAUAAUUUCUCCCAUCGUAGAUGACACUGCGCUCUAUGAAUGUAUGGUAUCAAAUGAAGCAGGCGAGGAUCAAAGAGCAAUUGCUCUCAUCGUACAAGUGCCUCCAUCCUUGGCAGACGAAGCUGCGGAUCUAUUGGUAACCAAGUCAUCUCCAGUCAUGAUUCCCUGCAGUGCCUCGGGUGUUCCUUCGCCCACAAUCCACUGGACCAAGAAUGGAAUAAGGCUUCUUCCUCGAGGAGAUGGCUACAGAAUUCUGUCUUCAGGUACUAUUGAAAUUGCUGCUGCGCAACUGGACCAUGCAGGGAAGUACACUUGCACUGCGCAGAAUGCUGCUGGCUCUGCCCACAGACACGUGACUCUUCAUGUACAGGAACCACCAGCUAUAAAAGUCCAACCUGGAAUGCUUGACGUCAUUCUCAACAGCCCAAUUCUCCUACCAUGUGAAGCGGUAGGCUCACCACGUCCUAAAAUAACGUGGCAGAAGGAAGGGGUCAGUGUUAACACCACAGGGGAUAGUUAUACCAUUCUCCCCAGUGGCAGUUUGCAGAUUGCAAAAGCUGCUGCUGAAGACGCUGGAACUUACAUUUGUGUGGCUCAGAAUCCAGCCGGUACUGCCCUUGGGAAGAUCAAACUGAAGAUCCAAGUUCCUCCAGCUAUCAGAUCUCACCCGGAAGAAUACGUGGUGGUUUUGGAUAAGCCUGCCACGCUGUUGUGUGAAGCAGAUGGCUAUCCGGCUCCUGAGAUCGUGUGGCAUAAAGAUGGACAACAGGUCACAGAGUCCAUGAGGCAGAGAAUCCUCAGCAUGGGGUCUUUGCAGAUUGCCUUUGCUCAUCCGAGCGACACCGGCCGUUACACAUGCACGGCGACCAACGUGGCUGGAGCAAGCAGCUCGAGCAUGGAGCUCACUGUGCUUGUUCCACCUAAGAUACGCAGUACAGAAGCCCAUUACACAGUUGCAGAAAAUGCACAAGUGGUUCUGCCGUGUGUUGCUGAUGGAAUGCCAACGCCAUCCAUGAAUUGGAAGAAAGAGGGCCAAUUUUUAAUGAGCAUGGUGGGAAAAUACACUGCUCUGUCAUAUGGAGAUCUCAUUGUGGAUAAUGCUGUGCCUGAAGAUUCUGGCAGCUACACCUGUAUUGCCAGUAAUGUUGCUGGUGAAGAUACCCACACCGUCAACUUAACCGUCCAUGUGCUGCCAACCUUUACUGAGCUCCCUGGAGAUUUAGCUUUAAAUAAAGGAGAACGACUUCAGCUAACUUGCAAAGCAGUUGGAGUUCCUGUGCCACAAAUCUCAUGGACUUUUAACAAUAAUAUCAUCCCAGCACAAUACGAUGGUGUGAAUGGACUUAGCCAACUUGUCAUUGAAAGAGUGUCCAAAGAGGACUCUGGAACCUAUGUGUGUACGGCGGAAAAUGUAGUUGGUUCUGUCAAGGCUCUUGGAUUUGUGUACGUUAAAGAACCACCAGUCUUCAUGGGAGAUUAUCAUUCCAGUCGGAUUGAGCCCUUGGGUGGCAAUGCUAUCCUCAACUGUGAAGUCAGAGGAGAUCCACCUCCAGUGAUCCAGUGGAGCAAAAAAGGAGCUGGCAUUCAGAUCAGCAACCGGAUCAGACAACUCAGCAACGGAUCCCUUGCUAUCUAUGGCACAGUUAAUGAAGAUGCUGCGGAAUAUGCGUGUGUAGCUACAAACGAUGCUGGCGUUGUCGAACACCGCGUAACCCUGACAUUGCACAGUGCACCUGUUAUUACAAUUGAGCCAGUAGAGACGAUUGUUGAUGCUGGAACCACAGUGAUGCUGAACUGCCAAGCAGAAGGAGAACCUCCUCCGACCAUCGAAUGGUCUCGUCAAGGCCGGCCUCUCCUUAGUCAGGACCGAAUGACCGUCUUGACUAAUGGCUCCUUGCUUAUUGCGGUCGCGCACAAGAAGGAUACUUCGGAAUACGAGUGCGUAGCUAGAAACCUCAUGGGAUCUGUCCUGGUCAAAGUUCCACUCAUUGUCCAAGUGCAUGGAGGAUUUUCUGACUGGCUUGACUGGCAGCCGUGCAGUGUAACAUGUGGUCAAGGUGUUCAGAAGAGGAUCCGCCUGUGUAACAAUCCGCUCCCCGCAAAUGGCGGACGACGCUGUAUGGAGCCCGAUCAUGAAAUGCGCAGCUGUCAGAACAAACUGUGCCCAGUGGAUGGCAACUGGUCGGAAUGGGGCUCUUGGGAAGAAUGCUCUAAAACCUGUGGGCAAGGCAACAAGACCAGAACCAGAACUUGCAGCAACCCUCCUGCCCAACAUGGUGGAAGGCCUUGUGAUGGCAGCGCCGUUGAGCCAAUCAUGUGCAACAUUAGGCCGUGCCCAGUUAAUGGUGCCUGGGGUUCUUGGCUACCAUGGGGGACCUGCAGUGAGACAUGUGGCAAAGGGACCCACACCAGAUUACGACUCUGCAAUAACCCUCCUCCAUCGUUCGAUGGGACCUACUGUGAAGGACCUGAUGCGCAGAUGCAGGUCUGCAGCAAGAGAGACUGUCCAGUGAAUGGAAAGUGGGCUUCCUGGUCCAGCUGGAGUGCUUGCACCAUGUCUUGUGGAGGUGGUACCCGACAGAGAACCAGAGACUGCUCAGACCCUCCCCCACAGUACGGCGGACACAAGUGUGAAGGAAAUGACAUGCAGGUUGAUUUUUGCAAUAGUGACCCUUGUCCCAUGCAUGGUAACUGGGGCCCUUGGAGCAACUGGGGCACUUGCAGCCGAACGUGUAACAGUGGCCAGUUGAGAAGGUACCGGACUUGCGACAACCCUCGUCCGCUCAAUGGGGGAAGAGCCUGCGCCGGUGCUGAUACCCAGAUACAGAGGUGUAAUAUAGAGCUUUGUCCUGUGGAUGGAAACUGGGGCCCAUGGCAGCCUUGGAGUGUGUGUUCUGCUUCUUGUGGGGGAGGAGAGCAGACCCGAUCACGGCUGUGCAAUAAUCCAUCCCCAUCUAACAGUGGGCGACCUUGUCCCGGAGACGACUCUCAGAUUUCCAGGUGUAAUGUUCAAGUUUGUCCAGGUGGACCUCCACGGGCUAGAGGAAGUGUCAUUGGAAAUAUUAAUGAUGUUGAGUUUGGAAUCGCUUUCCUGAAUGCCACUAUAAUCGAUAGCCCAGAUCUGGACACCAGACGAAUACAAGCCAAGAUUACGAAUAUCCCACGGAGUCUCGGUCCAGCAAUGAGAGCGCUAGUUUCUAUUCUGAGUCCCAUUUAUUGGACAACAGCCAAAGAAAAUGGAGGAGCAGUGAAUGGCUUUUCACUCACCAAUGCAGUUUUCAAGAGAGAGACACAAGUGGAAUUUGCUACCGGGGAGAUCUUACGAAUGACUCACGUCGCCCGUGGCUUGGACUCAGAUGGAUCUUUACUCUUGGAUGUUGUCAUCAGUGGCCACAUGCUGCAGUUACAAUCAUCACCUGAUGUUAAUGUAAAGGAUUAUACAGAAGAUUAUAUUCAGACAGGCCCUGGUCAGCUCUAUGCUUACUCUACACGACUCUUCACCAUAGAUGGAGUUAGUGUACCAUACACUUGGAACCAUACCAUUACCUACGACCCGAAUCGCGGAAGAAUGCCCUUCCUGGUGGAAACCCUCCAGGCCGCCUCUGUUGAAACAGAAUACAAUGCACUCGAAGAAGCUCUAACUUUUAAAAUCCGUGCUUCCAUCACAAAAGGAGACCAAAGCAACCAAUGUCCUAAUGGGUUUGGCUUAGACUCUGCUGGGCCAUAUUGUACAGAUGAAGAUGAGUGUACAGUUCGAAAUCCAUGUUCCCACACUUGCCACAACGCUAUAGGAACCUAUUAUUGCUCGUGUCCCAAAGGCCUUACCAUAUCAGCAGAUGGAAGAGCAUGCCAAGAUAUUGAUGAGUGUGCCUUAGGGAGGCAUUCUUGCCAUGCUGGCCAGGACUGUGAAAACAUUAUUGGCUCUUACCACUGUGUGGUUCGGUGUGGGACUGGCUUCAGAAGAACAUCAGAUGGACUAAAUUGCCAAGAUGUUAAUGAGUGCCAGGAGUCGAACCCUUGUAAUCAACGCUGCUUCAACACCAUUGGAAGCUUCCACUGUGGAUGUGAACCAGGAUAUCAGCUAAAAGGCAGAAAAUGCAUAGAUGUGAAUGAAUGCAGACAAAAUGUAUGCAGACUUGAUCAGCAUUGCAAGAAUACACGAGGUGGCUAUAAAUGCAUUGAUCUGUGUCCAAAUGGAAUGACCAAAGCAGAAAAUGGAAGUUGUAUAGAUAUCGAUGAAUGCAGAGAUGGUACACAUCAGUGCCGCUACAACCAGAUAUGUGAAAACUCGCGAGGAAGCUACCGGUGUGUGUGCCCAAGAGGGUACCGAUCCCAUGGCAUUGGAAGACCUUGUAUGGACAUAAAUGAAUGCGAACAAGUGCCUAGACCUUGUGCGUAUCAAUGUGCCAACAGCCCCGGCAGCUUCAAGUGUAUCUGUCCCCCCGGACAACAUUUAUUAGGCGAUGGCAAAUCUUGCGCUGGAUUGGAGAGGUUGCCAGAUUAUGGCAGCUAUUACAAUAGCCAUAACUAUGCACAGUUCUCCCUCGAGAGAGACAACUACCGACCUCAGCAAUAUGUCAGGCACUCAUCCAAUCUCUACAGCUCCUACUCAGAGUAUAGGAACAGCAGAGGUCCCAUCUCCAGGACUAAAAGGAAUUUUAGAGAGACUUGCCCUGAAGGCUAUGAGGCAAGAAGUAACAAAUGUAUAGAUAUUAAUGAAUGUGAGAACAGGGAUGCUUGUCAGCAUGAUUGCAGGAAUACCUUAGGGAGUUACCAGUGUUUCUGCCCAGCUGGCUAUCAGGUUAUGCCCAAUGGCAAAACGUGCCAAGAUAUAGAUGAGUGCCUUGAACAGAACAUCCACUGUGGACCAAAUCGUAUGUGCUUUAACACGAGAGGAAGCUAUCAGUGUAUAGAUACGCCUUGCCCGCCAAAUUAUCAACGAGAUCCUCUUUCCGGGUUCUGCCUCAAGAACUGCCCACCCAACGAUCUGGAGUGUGCCUUGAGUCCUUACGCCUUGGAAUACAAAUUUAUGUCCCUCCCGUUUGGCAUCGCUGCCAAUCAGGAUUUAAUCCGACUAGUUGCUUACACUGAAGACGGAGUGAUGCACCCGAGGACAACAUUCCUCAUGGUGAACGAGGAUUUGACAAUUCCUUUUGCACUCAGAGAUGAGAACUUGAAAGGAGUGGUUUACACAACCAGGCCUCUGCGGGAACCAGAGACGUACAGGAUGAGAGUCAGAGCUCUGUCUUACAGUGUGGACGGAGCCAUUGAAUAUCAAACAACCUUCAUCGUUUAUAUAGCCGUGUCUGCCUAUCCAUACUAGGAAAAGCACUGCCGACAGUAAUCAAAGUAUGUUAAUCACAUGCCUA